AUGAUUGAACAAAUAUUUAUCCUCAAGAAGGACUCCUUGGACACUAAAUCUAUUAAAAAAUUUCCAUCAACAUUGAGGUUGGUAGUUUUACUCAUCGUUGCAACUUGUGGUGUAUACAUUUGCUCUUUUAAUUUAGAGCAACCAAAGGUUCGCAUAAAUACCAAGUUAUUGGAACUUAAGGUCAUCAACCACCACUCAUGUCACCUUUCUGGUGUGGAAGAGUGGGAAGUCCCUUACUUGCAUUAUCCAGAGCCCAAAACUCACAGCAGAGAGGAGUGUGCUUGCAAUCCCGUUCGUCUAUUUUGCAUCUUGACAAUGCAAAGAUCUGGAAGUGGAUGGUUUGAGACGUUAUUGAACAGUCAUAUUAAUGUAAGCUCGAAUGGAGAGAUAUUUUCUGUGACCAAAAGAAGGGAGAAUGUUUCUUCAAUAUUGAAGACAAUGGAUCAAGUGUACAAUCUUGAUUGGUUCACUAGUGCUUCUAAAAAUGAAUGUUCCGCAGCUGUGGGCUACAAGUGGAUGCUUAAUCAGGGUUUGAUGGAGCAUCAUAAGGAGAUAGUGGAAUACUUCGAAAGGAGAGGAGUUUCAGCAAUAUUCCUUUUCAGAAGGAAUUUGCUCCGUAGAAUGGUAUCGGUGCUAGCAAAUUCGUAUGAUAAAGAUACAAAGCCACUGAAUGGAACCCACAAGUCUCAUGUCCACUCCACAUUAGAGGCUGGAAUUCUCGCCAAAUACAGGCCAUGGAUCAAUACCACGUUGCUGAUGGAAGAGCUAAAGCAAACAGAGAAGACAGCUACAAAAUGCAUUGAAUACUUUAAGAACACUCGCCACAUUGUUCUCUACUACGAGGAUCUUGUCAAAAAUCGCACGAAACUGAAAGAUGUUCAAGAUUUUCUGAGAUUGCCGUAUAGAGAUAUGCACAGCAAGCAAGUGAAGAUUCAUACUGCUCCAUUAUCAAAGCAAAUUGAAAAUUGGGAUGAAGUGCAGAAAACGCUUAAAGAGACACUAUACCAUAAUUUUCUCCUCUCAAACUAG